AUGCGUCCGACACCAGCUUUGCGAAUGUCCGUUACCCGGGCCUUACGAGCCAGCGGUCCCGACCCAAAGAAUGGAGUGUACCUGGGCCCCUGGGGUAAUUUUGGCACCCCGAAACAAAAAGGCAUUGUUACAUACUCGCUGUCACCCAACCGACAAGAUCCUUUGGCCGGUGCCUUCAAAGCAGCCAUUUUCAAUACCUACCGCCGCUCUGCCAGCCAAAUUGGUUACUGGCUUCCUCCUUUCGUUAUCGCCUACUUGAUCAUGCAAUGGGCUACAGAGAGAAAUGAAUACCUCAACUCAAAGCCUGGCCGAAUGGAAUUUGCCGAAGAAGAGUAA